UAUACGACAGUAAUCGUCAAUAUUUAUUUCUUUACACUUUGUGUUUAACUCAUUUAAACCCACAAAAGUAAUAGUAAACAAUCGUUUUAUGUAUGAAAUUUUAAAAUGUUGCUGAGUGAUUUUUAAAGCAUUUUUCAGUAAAUACUUUAAUAUUAUAAUACGGGGAGAUUUAUGUGUCACAUGACCAGAGCUGUUUACUUCCUGGUUGCUCUUUGAGAAUGGAUCUCCGCGUCGAAGCGUCCAAAGAAAAGCCUGAAUGUGAAGAUGAGGAAGAAGAAAAUCUGGAUCCCCACAGACUGUUAACAAGAUGACAUCAUAGAUUUCAGGCCUUUUUUCAUGGUUCCACUGUGGACUUUACUACAGUCGACUGUAGGUAAUGUUAAAUACCCCAAUUCUUUCAUCUUGGAGCUGAAGGAAGAACAACACUCGGUGUUUAAAUACUCAAUCAACAAUCACUUUAAUCAAUACACUCUUAUUAUUCCAUACAAAUACCAUGAGCAAUACAAUCAUCCAGAUGGGAGAUGUGCACAAAGAGGGUCACAGCAGAUCUCAAAAUGUUGGACCGUUACUCAAACUCCUAUAGCCUCUGGUGGCUCCCACCUCGUCAUAAACCUAAACAUCCACAUUCUUUCUAUCUGACCUGGGCUCCCUGUUUUUCUGCUCCUGGCUAAUGUGGGGGAGAAGCUCCCGUGCAGUACGCUCUGUUCUUUCUACAAUCAGAAAAGCAAGGCCAUGAUUCCCUGCAAACAGUAUUCUCUUUAUAAAUCAGCAGUAUGAAGUACCAUAAAACAGUGUAAUUCAUUCACAGCAAAUUAGCAGUCCAAUGUAAUACAAAUCAGUCUAAUAAAUCUAAUAAUCUUCACCUUUUUCUAAAUCAGGAGUAUAAUGCAACCUAAAACUACAUAAUGAUUUCACAAUCUUUAAUCAGCCGUAUAAUGAUUCAACAAUUCUUUGAUUAGAGGUAUAAUGUAACAUACGACAGUGUAAUAAUCUCACAGUAUUGAUCCAGGUGAUGUUGUCAUGUUUUAAUGUGUCAGUGUUUUUCAUUUUUGAUGAUAUAAAAAUGGAGAUGCCAUUUCCAAUUACAGCAGGUUUGUUGCCACUAAAUAUGUUCACUUUACUUUAAAACACUCAAGUUUAAGAACCGAGAGCAGCAAACAAAAUGUGAAGAUGAGUAAUGCAAAACUAUGACCUUUCCUGGAUAUUCAAAUUCCAAGUUCCUCUGUGUUCUCCAUGUGAGGUGGCUGUAGAGCAGGUCCUCUACCAAAUGAAAGGUUGGUGAGUUGAUCCUUGGCUCCUUAAAUCCACCAAAUAUCCUUUGGCAAAAUCUAACCCUGAUGCAUCCAUCAGAGUGAGAAUGUUAGAUAGAAAGAUAGAAAUGCAGAGGCCAUUAUUGUUAGUGCUGUGGAUUGUAAAGAACAAUGUGGAUUAGACAAUCACUUUAACACUGGAAUCCAAAGUGAAAUCAAAUAAUCAAUCAGAUAUUAUGUAAAUAUAUAAAUAAUAUAUAAAUACCUGCUUUGAAUGGCAGAAAGAUGUGAGAAAGUAAGAAAGACAGAGACAGGUGGGUGAGCUCCAUUCACUCUCAUCAGCAGAGAGAGAGAGAGAGCUGCACACUGUGCUGUAAACUCUUUAAAAUACCUCAGUAAAAGCCUCCUCUGUGCCCUCAAGGAGAAACUGAAACCGGAGCAGUUUCCAGCUCUGACUCUGCCUGUUUGUUCCACUUUCAGCAGAAAACCUUAUUUGCUGCAAAAAGUGACUUCACCCUCACUUUACUGAGCUGCCAUAAAGAAUACAUUUAUACUGCUAAAAUAAAUGUUAGAAAAAUUUUCGAUUUCAGGGCAAAAUUUUUUUCCCUUUUUUAUUAAGGUUCACUAUGACCAAAACUACAGAUUCAAACAUCAUGUCAGUCUUAUAAGAUAGAGCAUCCACAGCAGUAUAAAGUUAAGUUUGUUCUCGGUUCAGAGGUCGCUCAGCAGAGAAUUUUUGGUCAACCUGUGUGAAAUCGACUCUUACGAUUGGUCAGAAUCAGCCGAUGAAAGUAGGUCAAAUGUUACCUUUUUAUAAAGAAGGAAUUAAGUUGAGAAAACAGUCCAACUUUUCUCUGCAUCAUUUCUUUUUGGGGUUUUGUGUGUUUGUGGUGACUUUCUUGUCUUUUCUACAUCAGCAGAUCGAUGCAGGGUCUCUGUGGUCGUCAUUAUCUUACCAUCUGUUUCAGCUGUCGCUGGUUUUCCUGCAUAUUUCUUUCACUGCCUUCAUCAGAAACUAAAAGUGAGGUUGUGGUGAUUGGUUCAAAUCUUCCAAUCAUUGCUGCUCCGGGUGAUGAUGUCAUCCUGCCGUGCCACCUGGAGCCCAUGUUCGAUGUUCAGGGUCUGACGGUGGAGUGGUCCAAACCCGACCUGAAGCCCGACCCGUCGGACCGGCUGAGCCGAGUGGAGUACGUUCACCUGUACAGGGACAGGAAGGAGGUCCCCGACAUGAAGAUGGCCUCGUACUUCAGGAGGACGGAGCUGUUCAUGGACGCCAUGAAACACGGGAACAUUUCACUGAAGAUCCUGAACGUGUCGGAGGAAGACAACGGCAGAUACAGAUGCUUCAUCCCCAAGCUGAGGAGCCGAGCCAAGUCUGCAAUUGUUGAACUUGUAGUCGAUUCAAACUUUGCUAAAACCUCAACGACAGAGACGCCGUUGCAAACUCCAGAUCCUCAGGACACGACUCCAACAAAUGGUCGAUCCAGGGUCGCUGUGGUCGUCGUUGUCGUCACCUUAUUAUUACUUUUGGCUCUCACUGGAUUUACUGCAUAUUUCUCUCGACACAUCUUUCACCGGACACUAAAAAAGCAUCCAGAGAACGAUAAGACAGAAAAACAACCACUACCAGUCUAGCUGCCUUGCUCAAAGGAAUAAAUGGACUGGUUCUUCUAUACUGCUUUUCUACUCUGCUUUAGCAAACAACACACUUUGAACUUUGACCCCAGCUGAAGACUCCAGCCUCGUCCAGUUUAUUCAUCGAGCUCAUUUUCACACAAAGAAAAUGUUUUAAAGGAAAUGAUCCUCCCUGUUCGUUGCUGUGCUGGACUGGAUCAUUCCCAAACAGCAGGGCUGGAAGGAUUUCACAACAUUAAAGGAAAUUUCCAUGAACAUUUGUGACACAGCUCAGGGGGAAAGAUGACAUCAUCUGAAAACUGUGUUGGAGACGCAGAAGAAGUUACAAAAACAGGUUAUAAGCUGAUUACUUUACUACACUGUGUUAAUGCUGCAAAUGAUGUUUAAUGCAGCUGUAAUUUAAACAGAGUCACUUAUUGUGAUGCUGAAAGUGUUUAUUUAUGAAAGCUAGUUUUAUAUGACACCAUUGUGAGCACCUUUAUAUAAGGUGAUUGAAACUUCAGAUAUUUUUUUAUUUUUUUAUUUUAAAUUCCACAGUUAAUUUAUUAAAUGUAAUUUAAACUUCCUGCUGGUCAGGACUUGAUGUUCAUUCUGUUUCUAGUUAUUUAUUGAAAAAAGCAGUUUGAUCCUGAUACAGAGCUCCAGCUUUACUUUACUUUUUGUCAUUUAAAGCUACAAACUUUGUGCAGACUGACAGAAAUCCUCCUGACUGUGGUUUCUGCUGCAGUUGCGGAGCUAAAAUUAGAGGAUAUUUGUGUCCAACUCUUCUUUAUUCCUGUUCUGUCACAUGACCGUCGCUCCUUUGGUUCACAGUUAAAAUGAUCUGUUUGCAGCUGUUAGCCAGCUCAGGGUCAUGUUCUUUUAUUACCUCAGAUAUUUAUUUAUAAGAAUAUUUAUAUUUAAGAAUUAUGGAUGGAUGUAUUUGUUACUGCAGUGAGUAGAAAGUUACAGUGAUAUAUGUGAAUGUGUGAAAUCGUCUGCAAAUAUGAGUGUGAAAGUAAAAAGUUCAAGCACCUUUA